GUGGGGCACAACCUUUGAUCCGGAUGACCCUCAGAACCCUAGAGGCCAACUCAAACUCGACCCCACACCGGAACUAAGCAAACAAAUCAAACAAUGUCAAACAGACAUUAAAGAAUACAUGGCGAAAGUCUUGACUAAAGCCCUAUUAUGGUCGAAACAAUUCUUCUACGACAAGGCCAAUAAGGCCGACACACUCCUAGCACGCAUACUUAAACAGAGAACUGCCCAAAAACUGAUCGACAAAAUAGCCACUCCAGACGGAUCAAUAACGGAAGACCCGGACAAAAUCGCGGGAGUGUUCCAAAAAUACUUCACAAACUUAUACGAUCACGACCCUCAC